CUGCUCGAGGCUUCCGUUCCUCAGGAAACGCGAGGCUCCCUCUGGCCUUCGUUGUUUUACGGGCGGGUGAGCUGCCGGGCCGGGUCUGUUUUCCUUGCUUGGUCGCCGCGUAGCGACUUAGACACCACCGAGACCGAAGCCUCCCCGUGGUCUAGAGCGUCCCCGGAAGUGGGUCGGGGAAGGCCGCGAGGGGCGGACCGGUAGAGAGCUGCGUGGCUGGCAUUUCCGGCCGGUAGCGGCGGCACGGGGUCCACAGUUCCUGGAGUGCAUGGGUAAGACAACGUUGUGAAUCCUCGUGAAAAGUAUCCCCAGCUCUGGCCAUCGAAUCUUCAUUAACUGAAACCUGGACACAGUCGAAGGGGAAAGCUGCCACGUUGUGCCAUCUUGUGUGGAGGCCCUAGACUCCAGGUGCACCCCAGCAGUCCAGGAUGGCUCGCCCUGUCACCUCCCCUGAAGAGAACAGCAGUUGAUUUCACUACUAGGAUCUGAGGCCUAAGUGUGUUGGAGACCUGAUACUAAAGGGAAACUGAGGCUAGAGACUGCUGUAGACAGAGGGUAGAGCCAAGAAUGAACCCGGCUUGAGCGUGGGAUCAGUUCUGGGGGCAGGUGGAGAAGAGCGGGAGAGACUGUCCCCGAGAGCUAGAGGGAAACAUAACUGAGCAAGGACAGGCGCUGCCUGGCUUGGGCUGCUUCGCCAUGGCGUCCAAGCAGGCUGCCGCCAAGGGCAAGGGGGAGAAGCGGAAGCGGGUGGUGCUGACCCUGAAGGAGAAGAUCGACAUCUGCACCCGGCUGGAGCGUGGGGAGAGUAGGAAGGCCCUGAUGCAGGAGUACAACGUGGGCAUGUCCACUCUGUACGACAUCAAAGCCCACAAGGCCCAGCUGCUCAGGUUCUUUGCCAGCUCGGACUCUCGCCAGGCGCUGGAGCAGCGCCGUACCCUGCAUACCCCGAAGCUGGAGCACCUGGACCGGGUGCUCUACGAGUGGUUCCUGGUGAAGCGUGCUGAGGGCAUCCCCGUGUCAGGCCCGAUGCUCAUCGAAAAGGCCAAGGACUUCUACAAGCAGAUGCGGCUGACAGAGCCCUGCGUGUUCUCUGGAGGGUGGCUUUGGCGCUUCAAGGCCAGGCACGGCAUUAAAAAGCUCGAUGCCUCCAGCGAGAAGCAGGUGGCUGCCCACCAAGCGGCUGAGCAGUUCUGUGGCUUUUUCAGGAGCCUCGCGGCUGAGCACGGGCUCUCUCCCGAGCAGGUGUACAGCGCUGAUGAGACUGGGCUCGUCUGGCGGUGCUUGCCAAGUUCUACCCCGGAUGACGGGACCGUGCCCCGCUUCAGACAGGGCAAGGACAGGCUGACUGUCUUGAUGUGCGCCAAUGCCACAGGCUCCCACAGACUCAAGCCCUUGGCCAUUGGGAAGGGUGGCGGCCCCAGAGCCUUCAGAGGCAUCCAGCACCUGCCUAUUGCUUACAAGGCCCAGGGUAAUGCCUGGGUAGACAAGGAGAUUUUCUCGGACUGGUUCCAUCAUAUUUUUGUCCCCUCAGUGAGAGAGCACUUUAGAACCAUAGGCUUACCGGAAGACAGCAAGGCAAUUCUCUUGCUGGACCAUUCCCGGGCCCACCCACAGGAGUCGGAGCUGGUGUCAGAGAACAUCUUCACUCUCUUCCUGCCCUCCAGCGUGACCUCCUUACUGCAGCCCACAGAGCAAGGCAUUCGCAGAGCCUUCCUGAGGCUCUUUAUCAACCCUCCUGUGGCCUUGCAGGGCUUUCCUGCCCGCCACAACCUGAAUGAUGCCAUAGUCAGCAUAGCCUGUGCCUGGAACGCUGUGCCCAGCCAGGUCUUCCGGCGGGCCUGGAGGAAGCUGUGGCCCACUGUGCCCUUCACUGACGGCACCUCCUCCUCUGAGGAAGCAGAGUGCUGCGCCAUCAAGCCUCACAAGACUUUUGCACACAUCCUUGAGCUUGUAAAAGAAGGGCCCUCCUGUUCUGGCAGCAGGCUUGAGGACAGCAGGGCUGAAGAGCCGGUGGUGGCAGGGAGGAACAUAGAUGAGGCCCCCACUGUUGUGGCACCUUCCCAGGCCACAGGGUGUACAGAAAAGUCAGAGAAAGAUGCUGGUGAGGAUGAGGAGGCAGCCUGGGAGCAGGCAGCCACAUCUUUCCAAGCACUUGUGCGCUUUGCAGAGCAGCAGCCGUGUUUCAGCGUGCAAGAGGUGGGGCAGCUGCAGGCACUGCACACAGUGUUCAGGAGGCAGCAGCAGCUGAGGCCGCCCCGUGUGGCUCUCAGGGCUGUGAUCAAACUCGAGGCCCUUCAGGAGCACCCUAGUGUGUGCAUGGCCACAACCCACUCUACCUUGCCUUGCUCAGCCACAGCAGGUGACAACUAAAGUACCUUGUGUGCCCCUGCUGGCCCUCGGCAGCUCUGCUACCCGGCACGUGCAGCUGUGGGGCAGACUGCCUGCUAGGGAGGGGAGCGUGCGGAGAUGAGCGAGAGAGUAAGCAGACUUAGGCCCCAGGAGCAUGGCACGUGUCAGGGCUGCUCCUUGUUUACAGAGGCCUCUAUGUUCUGGCUAGUGGUUUUACUGUAUCUCCUACCACAGUGUAUCAUUUGAAUGGCAGGAGACCUGGUGCCCUCUUUCUCAGUACUGUGGAGCCUCCCCUAGCUGCAGCUGGGUCCAGUGGGCCAGUUCUGUGUCUGGUGUUGGAAGACUGGGCCACAUUAUCAGGUUGAAGUGCCUUGAGGGGUGCACCUCCAGCCCUCAGGAGGCUUGCUCUCCUCAGUUGGGCCCCAAGCCUAGCCCUGAGGGUACUGGCUUCAGCAUCUAGCCUCAGUGUUCACACCCAUGCUGCUAGCUGCAGAGGUACCAUGCCAGCCUCUUGGUCUGCACCCACCUCAGCCAUCAACAAACAUUCAACAGCAAGCAACCUCUGUAGUGUCCCUCAGCAGCAGGUCCGACCCCUGGGGUCCAGGUCUCCGAGAGAGACUGUGUGUUAAUUUCAGCAUUGCUCAGAGGCCAACAUGUUCCCAGAAGUCUCUGCUCCUCGGCAUUGCUUAUGUGAACAAUGUGCAAAGUAACAGCAGCAUGUGGUGACUUGGAGCUCCCGGGGUAGGCGGUUAGCACCACUCCAGUGGAGUAUGUAUCUGCAUUGGUCGGUUCUGUGGAGACCAGCUGUUGGAGGACGUGACUGUUUUUCUGACAUUGUAGCUUUGUAGCCCCUGGGUAGCACUGUGGCUGCUUUGCCUGUGACUCCCAGUGUCCUUGUCUGCAGUGGUUAGCUCUGUUCUUUCACCUCACUGUGGCUUUGUCCUUGACCUUCACUCCCUCUGGGAUUCCUGUGGCUGUAUUACCACAGUUUUCAUUCCAGUGGUCAACAGCUGCUACACCAAGAGACUUUUGUCCGAACCUCUGAGAGCCAGAGGGGUUUGGGGAAUGUUGGUUUGUCUUUCUGUAUCUGUCCGAACACUAAGGAUGGUCAUCGCUGACAGCUCUAGUUGUGGAUGGGUGUCAUCCUGCUUUAUCUGCAGGUGUGAAUAUUAUACCUAGGUUGUUUUCAGAA